AUGCGCAGUAUUGCACCACCGCCACAUGAUCCGAGCUCGCUAACACUACCGCUGCGGCACAACGCAAGGAAGUCAGCCGCUGUGUCGCCAUCGUUGGACGGAAGCGCGAUGGAUGCCACGAUGCCGAACGACCAGCUGCAUCUGCUGCCCAUCUCAAGCUCGCCCGCCUGCGCGUCAACGGCGUGGUACACCCCCAGCGCUGACGUCACGACCGCUUCCCAACUCUUCAACAACUUGGGAUCGCUUCAAGGGGUGGACAUGCUGGCAAACGUACCUAUCAGCUCUGCUGCUGCUGCUACGGGAGAGGCAAGCUCUGUCACGUCAGUCGCGCAGCCGUCUGCUCUGCUGGUGCCACAGGCUCUAGACGCGCCGCCCAUCCACAUGGACGACCAUGCUGAUGUUUGCAUGGCCCCUCGCAUGGCCUCUGCUACCGGUGGGUCGGCUCCCGUCUUCGUGCCAGAAAUAGCGCCAACCAAAGCCGUUGACAGUGUGAGUGGUGAGGUCAACGCCCCACACACCUCGUGCUCCCAGGCACUUAGCCCUCCCACUGCAACGGAGGUACUUCCCCCUUAUCGCAAAGGAGUGAGUGAUGGCAGCUCCUUUACCUGCCCAUUCGUUGCUGCGGCUGCUGCUCUGCAGCUACUGCCAUCUUCUUUUAGUGCCAUGCCCGCACCCGACACGAGUCACCGCACUCCGGCAGCCCUGAGGGUCGGCGAAGAUGGGUAUAUGCAGUCACGCUUCAGUGGACAUCGUACGACUGCCAGCACCCCCGAUUCCCAACAGCCUCCGCUGACCGAUGUCACCCACGCCCCCUUGUCCUUGCUUGGAUCGUCGUCAGAGAACUCGUUAGCCGCCGGCCCCACUGUUCUGUCUGUGGCUUGCGGGUCUGCGCCGGCGGAAGAGGGAAGUGGACAGAGCAGCAAAGCCACAGAGAAGACCUCUCCGCGGCGCCUCCCCAUAGCUGUGCUGGGCUCUAAGACGACCUCUCGGGGUACCCUGGCCUCAGACAGCCCCCAUGAGUGCCCGCUGAUUUUCUCUGCAACUGCGCAGCAGUGUGGAGUGUGGAGGGGCAACAGGCACUGUCAUGAGUUUCAUAGCCGCCGCCUCUCUCGCGGCGAUGCGGGGGGGUCACCGUCGGUGUCGAUUAAAGAGCCUCUUGCAGCUGCUCCCCCUCUCUGUUGCGCGGUAUCAGACGCGGUAGUGAACACCAUAGUGGCGAUGCUGCCCUCGGCUACUUUUACUCGGCCGAUUUCCCCACACACGACGUUCCGGCAGCCGGCCAGGCCUCGUGACCAGGCCUCGCCGCCGCCGCAAGCAUCCACGGCACUGCUGCCGCCGCCGACGACUAAGGCGACAAUGCCGCUCUCUGCGUCUUUCCCUGCUGGAGUGGCGCUGUCGCUGGACGGUGCGCUACGGAGCUGCGUCGACGACGUUGUCUCUGUGUUGAACAUGAACAGGAGCCCGUCCUUGGCAACAGCUGUGGGUUUUGGCGCUGCUGCUGCCGCUGCCGGAACGGGGACUUCUGCCUCCCUGUUCGACUCGUCUGCAGGUGUGUUAGUCGAGUCCUCUGCGAUGCGGCAGCGGACUCGCGAUGGUGCGCUGCCAGCGCAGUCCGUCCAACAAGCGCCACCUGCAAAGCAAAACCCACGGCGCUCGCCUCCCUCGAUGUGCUCCGAUGUGCUUCAACAAAGCGGCGAUGCAAGGGCUGCUGUCACACCUGUGAUGUCUGCCGAUGUGCGCACUUUCUCCCCUUCUCCGCAGGGAGCUGCCCGCACCACCACCGCCAAAGCCCUGCGACGUGGCGGGCACCAGCCGCAGGACUGCGGUGUCCGGUGCAUGGGUGGUGGUGUGCCCGAUGCACCACAGGCCUGGACGUUGGUAGAAGUGCCAGCGCGGUACCCACCGACCUUACACACCAACCCUACUGGGCCAGCAGCAGACACCGCCUCACAGCCAUCGCACUUCGAAAGUGAAAGUAUGACUUAUCGAAGCGCGUUAGAUGCCGCUACCGGGGACAACACGAGCACGCCCACCGACACUUCAGCAACACUGCAGGAUGAUCGGCCGCACCGCAACGACAUCCUCAAUCUCCACAGUACGUCAUGCAGCGACGUUCGAGCGCGCUUCAAGCCCAUGUCGCUAGAUGCAGCGACUCGUCAGGAGACGAGCCAGUUGUGCGAUCAGAGCAUUCAUGAUUCCAAAGGUAGCUGCUGCGGCGAUGCGAUCCGCGAGGCUGUCAAGGAGACGGCCAACGUGGCCACGCAGGGUACUCCCAAGGUGAAGCGACUUUCAACACCGCACGAAGGUGACCGUGUUGAUGUCCAGCACAGUGUCGAGAGUGGUGGUACGCUCGUUGUUCACAGGGCUCCUGCCUCAGCAGGCAUAUUCGUGCACGAGAACCGUUGUGCGAUACAGGAAGGAGGUGAUGGUGCAAUAGCCGUACCCUCGCUCUCCCACCAAAGAGCACGCCACACGCCUACCAUACAGUCCCCCGCCAGCUGUUCCAUCGCAGCAGUGGUGGCGUACCCUUCGAGCAGCACUGGCGGGGGCUCUCCAAUACCUUUGGUGGCUACCACAACCCCGCUGUCGGCAGCUGUCGCUCACCUUCCGCUCACCGCACCGCAACCGACUUCAGCCGUAGUCCUUGCUGCGGAAGAGUCACGUGAUGCUCACAGACUUCACGUCGUAACAUCCGGACGACUCGAUAACACGCAAAUGUCAAGGCAUUCCCUCCAAGUACAACGACUACCACCGACACCUCAGCCUGCUGCACGCACACUUGCGCCACCAUCCUCGAUUGGGUCAGCUGCGCCACUACCACAUCACACUGAAGCCGCAACAGACAGCAUGUCUGUCCUCCCCCAGCCGCCUGUGCCCGGUGCAGCGCCCCCCGCACAGUCCGUUGCUAACUCUCAAACGUUCUUGACAAAUACUCGGAUGGAAUUUGUGGCACGGAGCAGUGUAGCCGCCCGAGAGGCACCCUCGCCGAUGCCAACAAUAUCGAACUCGAAGUCACCGCCUAUCGUGGAAACGGCGCAUGAUGUCCCUGUCGCGACGGCGGCUCGACGUUUCCCGCAGUUGGAGAUGUUAACCGUCCCCGCCGUUGACCACGCGCACCGCAUUACAGCUGCAUCUCCCCCCUCUCCCGCACUGCAGCGCUCGACUGCGCAGGGGGAACUCGCGGCCCCGCCUGCGUUACCCAUGCGCUACAUCACAGAGACCGCUUGUGUCGCGCAGCGGUACACUGCGGUGUCGCCGUCUCGCUCCGCGUCCCGCAGUACCCCAGCAUCAGGGGGAGAAGCGGUGUCACGUGUCAGUGCUCUCUCUCCACCUUGCCCACCUGGAGCACCUGUGAACACUGGCGUGCGCGCUAUUGCGGCCCCCCCUUACGUCCGCGAUGCAACAUUCAAAAGGCGACAUGAGCGGAGCACGCCGCGAAGUGCAAGGUACCGAGGCCCUCCCGGUGGUAGUAGGGGCGACUAUCGUGCCGCUGCGCAUGCCGUGUCGGCUGCCUCAGCAGCGCCGCCGAGCUCCUUCGCGCACGUUACCGAUGGUGAGCAAGUGCAGGUGAAGCCGUGCCGCCUUCUCAUGUGCUCCUCAUCGCCUCCUGGGCCGCCUGCGCGCCGGCCAGCACACGCGGCACCACUUCCCGUCUGUAUUGCUGUUGACCAUGUCACGGCGUCAUUGUCAGGUGUACCUGAGACGAUACCGCCGUGCAGGCCGCUGGAUGUGAGAGACGCAGGCACAGAGGGUGUCGCUCUGUCUAUCAUACCAGCUAGCAUUGGCACAUCCGGCAGUAACGUAUCUUCGCCCGCGGAAAGUGAGCUUCUGGGUGUACUGAUGGACUGGACUCCGACUCGACUAGCGGUGUCGCAGCAGCGACGAACAGCUCAGCAAGAAGCAGCGGAGAUGGAGGUGGUGUCUGGAGCUAAUCUGGAGAAACAGUCGACAGAGAGGACACCUCCUGCCGCCGCCGCCGUCCCCGUCCCCGCAACGCAGGCGCAAGCGCUCAACAGACGCACAACACUGCAUACGGGUAGGAGUUGUGUUAGCAACACCGCCGCGACAUCAGCGAACCCGUGGGGCGGAGACACGCGUGGUGUUUCGGCUGCGAGUGCUCUUGUUCAUCACGAUUGCCAGGGAGCACAAGCAGUGCUUCAGCGCGUUGACAAGCGCGGUACUGUGGCAGUUACGCGAGCGCCACACACAUCGCUCUCGGCACGUGUGGUACCGGUCGCGGACAGCCUGCUCAGCCACCCCACCCCUGCCCCGCAGGAGCGCCGAGCUCCGCCAAUUUACAGCCACGCGCGAGGAGGAGAGGUGCCAGGAGCGCUGGGUCCUAUCACUCGCCUGCCAACACUGUGGGGUGCGGCUGCGGCGCCGUGUACACGGAAUGGUAGGACAGAAUCAGGCGUACGGUCGAGGUCGCAGACAACCACCUUAACACUGCCCACAUCCGUUACCACAGCCGCCACGCAUCCUCUGCCACUUCCAUCUGGUCCUUCCUGGGAGAGGAUCGAACCGCUACCCGUGGAGCACCUGCCGUCUGCCACGCCAACUGCCACCUUGCCGAUGGCGCGCACGUUUCCGUUGGAUUCAGUGCCAUCGAAGAAGACGGGAACGCCGCCCGCCGUUCCCCACCGUGUGCGAGCGUCGCCCUCGCUUUCAUCGUGCCUCCGACAGCAGCGCUCUCCUCGAGAGGCAGUCUUUACAAGUCCCAAGCCUGCCCCACUGCAGCACCCUGCGUGCCCCGCUGCCGCUGAGCUACUGCGCCAGGCUUCCCUUCUCACUGCGCCGCGCCAGCGAGGGGAGGGGGCACGCAACGAGUUUGCGAGUGGCAUGACUCUCGCUGCGUCUUCAGCCACCUCGGUUGUCCAGCAGCUUGCUUGCGGCGCUGCGAGUGGCAUGCCUCAAGGUGCGGUGACGUGGGAGGUGUUGCCUGGAACUCACUGUAGCGGCUGCGGGUGGGUAAGCCUGGUCUCGUCGUACCCCUCCUCCGCCGCCUCCAGCUGCCUCCAGCGCCGUCAGCUGCAGACGGGGUGUCGCAGCGGGUUGCCCCGCUCCUUGCCAUUCCUGGCUCUGACACCUGAUCCGAUGGGCAUGGCGAUGCUCAGCUCGAUGCCGGAGGCAGCCAUGCCCAGGCCUUUCUCAACCGAGGCCGGCGGUCACGGCCGGCGCCAAGCUAGACCAUUACUCUGGAAAGAGCCACAGGCCACGCAGCGGAGCUCCCCAUUUCCUUGGUCAUGCUGGCGAGGGCGGCACACCUUGACCUCAGGGCAGAGGUUGCCAGAGCGACUGCAGCCUCACGUCCACGGUGCACGCACUGGCGACUUCUUAGUCGAGCUGCCGUCGAACUCCCACAUGGUAGGCGGCGCCGACAACGCCGCGUUGCCGCGUUGUCGCCCCACGCUUUCAUGUCGGGCAACGGCAGUGGCGGCGGGCCGAGUAGGCACUGUUGGUGACGGAGGGGAGCUGGCUGCAAUUGCUUCUCCUAUUCCAGCAGCACCUCCGUCUCUGGGGCUGCACACGGUGCACCCUGCAGCGACACCAGAGCGUCUGGGUGGGCGCGCUGGUGCAGCAGCCGAAGGCGACGCAACAUCAGGAUACGCCACGGCUGGCCAACCUCUGCAUCGUGUCGUUGCCAUCGCGCCGCCCUUGCCACCCGCAACUGCUGCUACGACGGAGGCGGCGACGCCCUCGAGGACAUACGCCGAAUCGGUACUGACGAGAGUCUCGAACCACUACAGCGCCUGCCAACAUGCGCGGCAACUUCCCGGCACCCAAAGUGGCUUACCACCACCGUCACGGGUGUUUUACUCUCAGUCCUCGCAGAGCACCGGCUUGCAGUCACCACAGGACGGACGAGGAGGAGAGGCAAGGGGAAUUACGGGCACUGUCAGCGGACCCAGAUCGCUGCCAGCGGCAGAGGCUGGCAUGGCACUACUGCACACUACUGCUGCGGUUGACCUGUCGGAGCCAAGCCCUCGCUAUCCCCGGAGUAGAGCGUCGCUGCAACGAUACAGCGGCAGAACGAAUGCUGCGCUGCGUGGCGCUGACGGGGCUAUCAGUGAAGACAAGCCGCAACGCGCGCCGCGACUGACGCGGGCAUUGCUUGACAGGCUGCAGCGGAGCCACGCCGCGACAGCCGCUGCGUCGUCUCGACCGCACCACCUCCCAAGCAACCUUCUGCUUGAAGAGGCACUCGUGGCAGAUUGGCACGAUGCAACCCAGCACAGUUCUCAGGGAGGCAACGGUGCUAGCAGCGUACCAGCAAUGGCGCAGCGCCCACGGCUCUCAACCCUGUCGCGUGGACGUUCGACGAGAGUACCGGCUGUGCUUCCCAGCAGUGAAUGGGCGGCUGCGUAUUCCAACCCAGUACCCGCAUCGCCGCCACCGCAACUGCAUGCUGCCGCCGGUCCUGCUCCGACGGACAUCCGUGCCGAAUCGCUGAUUACUGUCCAGCCAGAGCAUACAGCAGCGGUGCAGCAGGGGCCCCUUUAUAGGCAGCCGUACCCCUCCCCCUCCUUUUCCCCCGACCCUGUUGCCCCACCGCCGGCGAUGCGGGACAACCAAGGCGCCGUGUUGCGGGCACCCUACCCACAGGGGCUGUCGUUACUGGUGCCUUCUCACCAAGCUCCUCCCCGUCGUCUCCGGCGCAACCUUGUAGAGCAGCCGGCUCGCAAGCCCGCUGCCCAUAAGGGUACCAGCACCGCCAACUCGGGACCAGUCGGUUUAGCCGAGAUGACCCUUGAGCCUGCAAAAGCGUUGGCAACGCCUUCCCCGCUGGCGUUGCUGGAGCAUCAGCGGACACCGGUGCUGACAGCCAUCACCAUCGUGCCUCCCGCACCGCGGCCAGGACCUUGGGUUCCAGAAGGCAACCGUCGAGGUCUUAGCACUGAGGUUCAGAGCACCACAGAGACUUACCCUCGGCAAGGGUCGUCUGUACAACGUAUCCGAAGCUUUUUCCGUGUAUUUCGAGCACACCAAGAGCAGCGGCGCGGGGGACGGGUGUGGGUCGCUCACUAG